GCACUUGUUUUGUCACUUUAAACAAGAAUGAUGUUAAAUUCAACUUCAUCAACUUUAUCUUAUUUUAUCCUCGGAGCUUAUUUAAACAUUGGAAAUUUGAGAUCUUUUUAUUUCAUGAUAACUGCGAUGUUAUACCUUGUUAUUAUUGUUAUGAAUAUGUCCCUCAUUGUGAUUAUCUGUAUGAACAGAAGCUUACAUGAACCUAUGUACCUUUUUCUGUGCAGCCUGUUUGUAAAUGAACUGUAUGGUAGUACAGGGUUGUUUCCAUUCCUUCUGGUUCAGAUCCUCUCUGACAUUCACACUGUUUCUGCUUCUUUUUGCUUCCUGCAGAUUUUCUGUAUUUACACAUAUGCAAACACAGAAUUUUGUAACUUAGCCAUCAUGUCUUAUGACAGAUACCUCGCUAUCUGUUUUCCUCUGCAAUAUAACACACGGAUGACAUGUAACCAUGUUCCUAUCUUUAUUAUUCUAAUAUGGUUGUAUUCUUUUGUGAAAUUUCUAAUCACUUUAUCCUUAAACAUCAAUUUGCUGCUUUGUGGAAACAUCAUAAACAGUUUGUAUUGUCACAACUACCUAGUUGUUAAACUGGCAUGUUCUGACACCAAAGUGAAUAACAUUUAUGGGCUCUUUGGUGUUGUUCUCUCCAUCUUAGUCCCUCUGCUUCCAAUCAUUUACUCUUACAUGAAAAUCCUCAAUGUGUGUUUUUCUGGUUCUAAACAGAUGAGACAGAAAGCCGUCAGAACCUGCACACCUCACCUUGUGUCUCUGUUGAAUUUUUCUUUUGGCUGCAGCUUUGAAAUCCUGCAGAGUAGGUUUGAUAUGAGCAGUGUGCCCAGUGUGCUUAAAAUCAUUCUGUCGCUGUAUUUUCUGAUCAUACAACCACUUCUGAAUCCUAUUAUGUAUGGACUGCAAAUGUCAAAAAUACGAAAAAUGUAUCAACAUCUGUUCUGUUAUAAAAUGUUGUCAGGUCAGACAGAUCCUGUGCAGGUUCAAUGA